AUGUCUGAUCAGUGUCACAUGUGUCUGCUGGGACUGAUCAUUCUCUGUCCACUUCUGACAGGUAUGAGUGGAGCAGAAGUAACUCAUGAGUUCAGGACUUCUGGUGAAAAUGUCCAUCUGCCCUGUAAUAAUGCUCUUUCUGGCUGCACAUCAACUCAAUGGAUCUAUAAUAACAGACAUUCAGAGACAGUUGAACUAAUUGAUGGAGGGAUAAAGAAGAAGAAUAUAGAGAGACAUGAGAGACUGAGUCUGGGGUCUGACUGCUCUCUGAACAUCAAGAAAGUCACACAAGAAGAUUAUGGAAUUUACACCUGCCGACAAUAUGUGAAUGGACAAAAACAAGGAACUGAUGCACCUGUUUAUCUGCAUUUUCUUCAUGUCUCUUCAUCAUCCUCACAGACUGAGAUCAGACCAGGCAGCUCUGUGACUCUCUACUGUCAGUUGUAUUCAUAUGAUAGAUACCGUUGUGAAUAUUUGGUCCGUUCUGAGGGACUUCAGCUGGUCUGGGUGAAUCAGGCUGGUGUGAAUCUGAUGACAGACUCCAGAUAUCAGAUAUUAUUCUCCUCGACACGCUGUAUCAUCACUCUGACUACAACACUCCUGAAUGAAGAUCUCAACAGAGAGUGGAGAUGUCAGGUUACUCAGAGAAAUCAACUGAAGACCUUAACCACAUAUACUGUCAAGUAUUCAGGUAAAACAAUCUCCAGUCGAUUCAACAACACUGAUUCCAGUAAUCGGAUCAUUACCUCAAACUCUGGUAUGACUUCAGCUGCACACAGAUCUUCAGUUACACAGCAAGCAUCAACUACAGAGAAAACACAGAUUCCAGCUACUGCACCAAAGUUUGAAGUCUCUAUGGAUGCUGGAUCAUUAUUCAGAGUGAUUAUGAUUAUUGUUGAGACUGCAGUGUUUGUUGCUCCUACUGUGAUUCUUCUUCAGAUCAUCUGUGCAAGAAGAGCUGGGAGGAAGGACUCGCACCACCCAGAGGAAAUAUAGAUGCCUACAGUAUUAGAAUAAAAACAAAUAACAGGCAAAUUACAGCAAGAUUUAUCUUCAUGUUUGUGAAUAUUAUCAUU